UGUGUCGCGUGGCCCGGCGUCGGCGUGACGGUUGGACGCGGGCGCGGCACUGCGGGUCCCGAUUGCUGCAGCCGCUUGUCAGUGUGAUGAAGAUUGGCACCCAGGCCAUAGGUGCUGCUGCUCACCUGUCUGCUCCUCUCUGGACCUGUGGCUCUGCUCCUUCAGGUGGUCAGACACUGCCUGCUUUGCACUCGAGAUGAUCUGAUGUCUUAAGACAAACGCUCACUAACCAUGAUGGCCACACAGACACUGAGUAUAGACAGCUAUCAAGAUGGGCAGCAAAUGCAAGUGGUAACAGAGUUAAAAACGGAGCAAGAUCCAAUCUGCUCUGAACCGGAUACGGAAGGAGUGAGCCCUCCUCCCGUGGAGUCUCAGACCCCGAUGGAUGCGGACAAGCAGGCCAUUUAUAGGCACCCCCUGUUUCCAUUAUUGGCCUUGCUGUUUGAAAAGUGUGAGCAGUCCACACAAGGCUCUGAAGGUACCACUUCUGCCAGUUUUGACGUGGACAUUGAGAACUUUGUCAGGAAGCAGGAGAAGGAAGGGAAGCCCUUCUUUUGUGAGGAUCCCGAAACGGACAACUUAAUGGUAAAAGCGAUCCAGGUGUUGCGCAUUCAUCUUCUUGAGCUGGAGAAAGUGAAUGAGCUCUGCAAAGAUUUCUGCAGUCGGUACAUUGCUUGUCUGAAGACAAAAAUGAACAGUGAGACCCUGCUGAGCGGGGAGCCUGGAAGCCCCUACUCCCCUGUGCAGUCCCAGCAGAUUCAGAGUGCCAUCACAGGCACCCUCAGCUCACAAGGAAUUGUGGUGCCAGCAUCUGCCCUGCAACAGGGAAACGUCACCAUGGCAACAGUGGCAGGUGGCACCGUGUACCAGCCUGUCACAGUCGUCACUCCACAAGGCCAAGUGGUCACCCAGGCGUUAUCUCCCGGGACAAUCAGGAUCCAGAACUCUCAGCUCCAGCUGCAAUUGAACCAGGACCUCAGCCUCUUGCACCAGGACGAUGGCUCAUCCAAGAACAAGAGGGGUGUCCUGCCCAAGCAUGCCACCAAUGUCAUGCGCUCUUGGCUCUUCCAGCACAUAGGGCACCCUUACCCAACAGAGGACGAGAAGAAGCAGAUUGCUGCUCAGACAAACUUGACGCUACUUCAAGUCAACAACUGGUUCAUCAAUGCUAGAAGACGAAUUCUGCAGCCAAUGUUGGAUUCCAGUUGUUCAGAGACCCCAAAAACAAAGAAGAAAACUGCUCAGAACAGGCCAGUGCAGAGGUUUUGGCCAGACUCUAUCGCAUCAGGUGUGGCCCAGGCACCGCCCAGCGAGCUGACCAUGUCAGAAGGUGCUGUUGUGACCAUCACUGCGCCCGUGAGCAUGAACGUGGAUAGCCUGCAGUCCCUGUCCUCAGAUGGGGCCACCCUGGCUGUGCAGCAGGUCAUGAUGGCAGGCCAAAGCGAGGAUGAGUCCGUGGACAGCGUGGAGGAGGAUGGGAGCGCACUGGCACCCAGCCACAUCAGUGGGCUUGUGCUGGAGAACAGCGACUCAUUGCAGUAGGAGCCUGCCGGGGGCACCACCUCGCUUUUUAUAGUUUGCACAGCAAACAUUUUACACAGUUUUAUUUCUAAUAUGUUUUAUAUGUAGAUAUAGAAAGUGCACUUUUGUAUUUCAUAGUCAGCUUAAAACGAGCGUCUUUGCUGGUGCAGCGACUUCUUUCAAAUGUGUGCGUGUGUGGGUUUUUAAAGAAAUUCUUUAAGGGUUUAACGAUAGAACUGUGACGAAUGACCCCCACCUCGAGUCCCUAAUUAGAUUAGGAAUAGUGCUGCCGUUUUCUAAACAAUUAUGCCGUUUUCAUUGAGUUCUGCAGCUUGCAGCAGAUGUCAGAGGGCUGCUGUGUCGGUGUCGCCCAAGGACAGGAAAGAUGCUGCAAACCUGAAGCCACUAGCAAGGUGGCUUUGGCCUGCAGCAGUCUGUGUGUGGCGUCACUGAGAGCACUGGUGACCACAGUGUGCCUCAGUUCCCUCAUGGUCAGCGAGCCUGUUUCAUUUGCUAUAUAUAAAAAAGAAACUCCUAUUUUUACCUUGCUGGAAUUAUUGGAUAAAAAGCUAUUUUUAUAAAUUCGUUAUGAAUUGGAUUAUGACUAUAUUGAGGAUAAAAAAUUUCUAGAGAAGAAACAAUACAUGCUUGCAUUUCAAUUUGGAAUGUUCUGAAUUGCCCAAAUUGGAGACCCUUCCCACACUGGCUCUUGUUCCAUGGUCUCCUGCUCUCCUGGAUGGUUUGCAUUUAUUGCUGGAUGAGAUGACGUCGUAGUGAAACUUUGGCGUCACCAACUCUCUGUGUAUGCGCAGUGCUCAUGCUGUGUACACAUGGUCUACACAGGCACUGGAGGGUAUGUGCUCAGCAGGACUUGGGAUCAGGGAAGCAAAGGAGGCAGUAACCAGUCAGAAGCUCUCACCACACCUACUCCAGUCUAAAUUUGACCUCAGUUACACGGACACUUUGCUGUGUUAACUGUAUUUUUUAGGGUUUUUUUUUUUUUUUAGUCAGAAUAUGUUAUGCGUAGAAUGUUUAUUAUAAACUAAUAUAAAAUGUUCUCUACCGCACUGGCUUAAGCUGGGGUAAAUUCAGACAUCCAUGCUGUGUCAUGUAAUUGGCAGAUGCAAAUAGGGUCACAGUGCUAAGCUAAACUGUGACAAUGUCAUGACAGCAGACCCCACCUAGUCGCCUCACACACAGUUGUUUUUCUGUUACUUGUUGCUUCAGAGUUCCCUGAGCCCUCUGCACUUAUUGGAUCGCCUGAGAUUUGGAAUAAUCUGGAGAUUUCCAUUUCCUGGUGACACAUGAACCAGUAGGCUGGGUUUCAUUUUCUUUGGUUUUAACUUGUGUUUUGUUUACUCAGGAGCAGAUACUUUUCUCAGAGAGAAAACCAGCCACCUGCCUUGUGUAGCAUGUGUCGGUGUCAUGGACAGGCACCUGCAAUCCCCAGCUGACAGAGGACAGUGCAGGUUGCCAUGGCCACCAGCUCUUGUGGCUCAGCAAUACUGACUGGCAUAGACCAGGGUUAUACGAGGGACAUUGUCAGGCAGGCCGAUUGUUUUUUCUGAAACUGAUCUCCCCCCCAAAAUAUAUGAAGAUUAGCCAUGGGGGAGCACAUUCCAGGUAUCCUGGCAGGCAGAGAGUUCUUUAAACCCAUUUCAGGAGCUUUGACUCACAGAAAACCUUGAUUAUCAGCUCUUUUGGUGAGAGAAUAACAUUUUUAAUCAGCCACUGCAUAACUUAUUUAUAAAUAGUUUUCAAUAUUUUAAGUCAGGUCUGCACAAGCCUAAGAGAUCAUUUUAACUUUAUUUAAAUGCCAACUUCAUUGGACUUCUUAAAACUCAGACUUGGGGGAGUCCCAGCUGCCCCUUGCCCAGCCACCUGCUCCUGCCAGAGCAGGGGAAAAAACGCGCAGAAUGUGCUCCCCUGAGAGGCCAUCCUGUCUGCCCUGGUGUGGAGGGCAGUGUGACCGGCCGUGUGGAGACCUCGCUGCUUCAGGCUACUCUGGCUGGGAUGUGAACUGCUGCUGAGAGACACAGCUGCCUUCUCCAGUGGAAGGAGGGUUUUUUCAGCUCUGAACUCUGUUAGCUAACUUCAGAAGAAUGAGAUACAAAUGGUAAGGGAGAGAGCCCUGUGUCGUGGCCUGAGUUCCUUUCUCCUCUCCGUGUGUGACAAGUGCUGUUAAACAGCGUCCACAUGGCAAGCUCUUCUGGCUCAGGAUCACUGCCCAGCCUGUUCGUUAUCAGCGUGCAGUGCAGAGGUGCCUGUGCUGCAGUCCUCGGUCAGGCCCUGAGGUCUGAGAGACCUUAGAAGUACAGCUGUUUGCACUUCAUUUUAAAUAGCCAGAUUCUGUUUGAUCCUAGUCUGGUCUGUCCUUGGUAAAUUUCUCCCUCAGAACAGCACCUUCGAGUGUGUCCUGAGACCCCCAGCCAGCCAUUGUCAUCCCUGCUGUUCAGCUCACCCCAGCAGACCCCAGCUGGUUGGCUCAGCUCUCCCGUUUUUGCGUCGAGAUAGAUAAAUAGAAGCGUAUAUCCAGUAUGCAGCGUGGCCUUCACAGCCGGGGGCUCCAGGGAUGGCUGUACAGCUGGUGGAGGGCCCAUUCCCUGCCGAAGGCCCUCCCUGGCAGUUAGUGACAGAACUAACUCAACAAUCUGCCUUUUUUUAGUUAUGUUCGGUCUUUGAAACUGACAAUCUUUAAAAUGUGAAUACUGUAACAAUGUUUUCUUGGAUUGUUGUCUUUAAAAGGAUUUUUGUGAAGCAAUUGAUUUAUCAAAGCAAAAACAUUAAAAAUAGAAACAUG